GUGUCAUCGCAAGCGGUUGUUGGCAAACACAGGGAAGCCAGCGGUGAGAGUCACGGGUCUCAUCAUGCAGCCUUUAGUUGACAUUCUGAAAUGGUUUGGAGUCGAGGCGAGUGGACUCUCGGUGUCUGUGGGCCUUUUCUUGCUGUUCCUUGGACUCCUUUACUGGUAUUCCAUCGCCCCUUUCUCCACCUUGGAACGGUGUGGCAUCAAGCACCCAAAGCCCUUUCCGUUUUUUGGGAACCUCAUGAUGUUUCGAAAUGGUUUCUUAAAAGCACAAACUGACCUCAUAAACAAGUAUGGACGGAUUUGUGGUUAUUAUAUAGCCCGGCGGCCUAUAGUGAUCAUAGCAGACCCGGAUAUGCUGAGACAGGUGAUGGUGAAGGAAUUCAAUAAGUUCCCCAACAGAAUGGCGACCAGGGGCAUCACUAAACCCAUGAGCGACAGUCUGAUCAUGCUGAGGGACGAACAAUGGAAACGAGUGCGCAGCAUCCUCACACCGACCUUCAGUGCUGCCAAGAUGAAAGAGAUGGUUCCCCUCAUCAACACGGCCACAGAAACAUUACUGAGAAACCUGAAGAGCCACUCUGAGUCCGGUAACAGCUUCAACAUCCACAAGUGUUUCGGCUGCUUCACAAUGGAUGUAAUUGCCAGUGUUGCGUUUGGUACGCAGGUGGACUCUCAGAACAAUCCAGACGACCCCUUUGUGCACCAGGCCUCCAAAUUCUUCGCUUUUACCUUCUUCAGACCCAUCAUGAUAUUCAUUUUGGCAUUUCCAUUUCUCCUUCAGCCACUUGCUGCCCUACUUCCCAAUAAAUCGAGGGAUGAGAUGAACUCCUUUUUUAUCCAAUGUAUCCAAAAGAUGAUUAAACAGAGAGAUGAUCUUCACCCUGAACAGCGACGGCGAGACUUCCUGCAGAUGAUGCUGGACGUCAGAACCAGCAACAAGUAUUUGUCUUUGGAGCACUUUGACGUGGUCAACGACGCCGAUGAGCAGUCUUGCACCGAACAGGGGAUGGACAACGUACAAGAAGACGUUCCUGGAAACGAGUCCACCAAGCGCGUCCAGCAGAAGAGAAUGAUGACAGAGGACGAGAUUGUAGGUCAAGCCUUCAUCUUUCUGUUGGCCGGCUAUGAGACGAGCAGCAACACGCUAGCUUUCACGUGCUACCUGUUAGCGCUCUAUCCAGAGUGCCAGAAACAACUCCAAGAAGAAGUGGAUGAAUUCUUCAGCAAACACGAGACAGCAGAUUACACUAAUGUCCAGGAGCUGAAGUAUUUAGACUUGGUCAUAUGCGAGUCGCUCAGACUCUACCCACCUGCAUUCAGGUUUGCACGAGAUGUUCAGCAAGACUGUGUCGUGAAUGGCCAGCUUCUGCCUAAAGGAUCAUCUCUGGAAAUCCCUACAGGUUUCCUUCACUAUGACCCAGAGCACUGGACCGAACCUACGAAAUUCAUCCCGGAGAGGUUCACUCCAGAAGCCAAGGCCAGCCGGCACCCAUUUGUGUAUCUGCCAUUUGGAGCGGGGCCACGCAGCUGUGUGGGCAUGAGAUUGGCCCAGCUGGAGAUUAAAGUGGCUCUGGUUCACAUAUUUAGGAGGUUUAACGUUGUGGCCUGCGAGGACACUGAGGUUCCUCUGGAAUUAAAGUCGAACACCACCCUCGGACCCAAGAAUGGUAUUUUUGUCAAAAUCACCAAGAGGGAGAAUUUUGAGGAUGAGUCCUGAUACGGUUUCAGUUCUCAGCUGCACAGUCUGAUUCUAAUCAAAUUAUUUAGAAAUCAUAUUACUUAUUCUGGAGUCAUAUGACAAACAAAUCUGUAAUAAUUGUUUGAUUAAAACUGAUUUCAACACA